UCUACUAAAAAUACAAAAAUUAGCCGGGCAUGGUGGUACAUGCCUGUAGUCCCAGCUACUUGGGAAGCUGAGGCAGGAGAAUCUCUUGAACCUGGGAGGCGGAGAUUGCGGUGAGCUGAGAUUGCACCACUGCACUCCAGCCUGGAUGACAGAGUGAAACUCCGUCUCAAAAAUAAUAAUAAAUAAAUAAAUAAAAUAAAAUAAAGAGCUUUUGCCUUUAUGCAACCAACAUGGAGAUUUUGUACCAUGUCCUGUUCUUAGUGCUUGAAUGUCCUAACCUGAAGCUGAAGAAGCCGCCCUGGCUGCACAUGCCGUCGGCCAUGACGUAUGCUCUGGUGGUGGUGUCUUACUUCCUCAUUACCGGAGGAAUCAUUUAUGAUGUUAUUGUUGAACCUCCAAGUGUUGGCUCUAUGACUGAUGAACAUGGGCAUCAGAGGCCAGUAGCUUUCUUUGCCUAUAGAGUAAAUGGACAAUAUGUUAUGGAAGGACUUGCAUCCAGCUUCCUGUUUACAAUGGGAGGUUUAGGUUUCAUAAUCCUGGACCAAUUGAAUGCACCAAAUAUCCCAAAACUCAAUAGAUUUCUUCUUCUAUUCAUUGGAUUUGUCUGUGUUCUAUUGAGUAUUUUCAUGGCUAGAGUAUUCAUGAGAAUGAAACUGCCAAGCUAUCUGAUGGGUUAGAGUGCCUUUGAGAAGAAAUCAGUGGAUACUGGAUUUUUUCUUGUCAAUGAAGUUUUAAAGGCUGUACCAAUCCUCUAAUAUGAAAUGUGGACAAGAAUGAAGAGCAGCAGUAAAAGAAACAUCUAGUGAAAAAACAGGAAGCAUAUUGAAGCUUGGAUUAGAAUUUCUUCUUGGUAUUAAAGAGACAAGUUUAUCACAGUAUUUUUUUUUUCCUGCUGACCUAUUGCUGUACCAACGGUGUUGAGUGGCAUUUUCUUCUUAGUUUUUCAUUUCUUAAAGAAAAUAUACUCUAUAUCUCAACUAUAAUAUCAAGUAAAGUGAUUAUUUUUUACA